UUUCUUAUAAUAUUCUUGCAAAAGUUGUCUUUACAUUUUCAUUGUCUAAAAUAAUGAGCAUUGUCGCAAAGUAAUGGCCUAAACUUGCAGAAGGCCCAAUGCGGUCUGUAUUGGCCCCAUGACCUUUGCCUUUACUUUACCUUUCAUUCCUCCCUCUUUCAUUUUCUCUCUCCACUGUUCAGUGUGAAGUUGUGAACUCCAUCUGAGUCGAAGGCUGACCUUGUUUCAGUAUUAUCAUCAAAUUGGUUAUCUCUUCGCCUUGCAUUUCUCACUUACAACCAUAAAAUUCUCGUCUUUCGUCGAAACCUUGCAGGGUUUAAUGAUGAAUUGGAUUGCUUGAUGCUCAUACUGCUGCUGAAGCCUAAUGCUAAACUUGUUUGGAAGGACAUUUGAAUCUGUGCAGCUGCCUGAGGAUUAUUUUUAAUCUCUUGCUGAUUUGGGUAGUUUAAGAAAAUGGUUGGAAAUCCAAUGGCUCAGGCAUCUACAUGCCCUACUGUGUUAUUUUCGUCGUUGGGAUCCGUCUCAUAUCGCUCUUCAAAUCAUUUGCCUUACCUUCCGUUUAGAUCCAAAAGAAAAAUGACUCAGAUUAGUGCUACUUCCUCUGAAACUGGACAUGACCAAGUACCAUCUUCCGAGAAAAAGAACCCGCUUGCAGCCGUAUUGAAUGUUCCACAGGCUAUUUGGAAGCGGACUCUACGGCCACUAAGUGAUUUUGGUUUCGGUCAUAGGAGCAUUUGGGAAGGUGGGGUGGGGUUGUUUUUGGUUUCUGGUGCUGUUAUUCUUGCUCUCAGUAUAGCUUGGUUGAGGGGUUUUCAAAUGCGGUAUAGAUUCAGGAAGUACAUGGCUGUGUUUGAAUUUAGUCAAGCUUGUGGUAUAUCGAAUGGAACACCUGUAAGGAUUAGAGGGGUGACUGUUGGUAAUGUUGUUGGAGUCAAUCCUUCUUUGAGAAGUAUUGAGGCGGUUGUUGAGGUUAAAGAUGAUAAGAUAAUCAUACCUCGAAAUUCACUGAUUGAGGUAAACCAGUCAGGUCUACUUAUGGAAACAAUAAUUGACAUAACACCUCGAGAUCCAAUUCCAAAUGCGUUAGUUGGACCUCUUGAUCCAGACUGUGCCAAAGAAGGUCUAAUUGUGUGUGAUAAGGAAAAGGUGAAGGGGCAACAAGGAGUAAGUUUGGAUGCUUUAGUAGGGAUAUUUACACGGCUUGGACGUGAUGUGGAGGAAAUUGGUAUUGCCAACACUUAUUCACUGGCUCAACGAGUUUCUUCUGUUAUUGAAGAAGCAAGGCCUCUGCUUACAGAGAUCCAAGCCAUGGCUGAAGAUAUUCAACCUUUACUAGCUGAGGUGCGAGAUAGCGGUCUCCUUAAAGAAGUUGAAAGUUUAACCAAAAGCCUUACUGAAGCCUCUAAUGAUCUGAGAAAAGUGCAGUCAUCCAUUUUGACUCCUGAGAAUACAGAGAAGAUUCAGAAAUCAGUACUAUCUUUGGUUUUUACCUUGAAGAACAUCGAGAGUAUAAGCUCUGAUAUCCUUGGUUUCACUGGUGAUGAGGCUACAAGACGAAAUUUGAAAUUACUUAUCAAAUCCCUCAGCAGGUUAAUAUGAAAGUAUUCUGGAGAAACUAAUCGAUGUUAGCUAGAACUAGCAAUAUCGGUUGUGAAAUUUAAAAUGGUUUCCAGGUCCAAUAAUGUAGUAGAGAUGAAGAGAAGCAUCACCAAACUGGGUCUGGCUCCUUCAAUUUUAAGCCCUUCCCUUUAAUUGUGCUUGCACUGGAAAUCUUUGAGUAUAGUCCUCAUUUUUCAUUAAUCUAUUUGGUUACCUCGAGUUCCCUUGAUGUUCUGUUAACCCAUUUAAACACAGUUGCUUAUAACCCAUUAUGACAGGCCUCGUCUUCCCAAAACCAUUUUCCAAGUUACAAAUAUUCUUUCUGAUUACAUAUCUUUGGGUGUCUUUCCGUUGCUGUGGAAUCCGUUUCUAUCUAAAUGUCUUUUUCUUCUAUGUUCUCUAAGACAAGCUACAUCUUUUUAUUCUUCUUUAAGGUUUCUUGUCUCAUUUACAUGUUUGCUUCUUUUCCUUGUAAAAAGGUGGUUGAUACUAGUUAAUCUCUCUACUUCACCUUAGACUAGCUUGAUUGAGGUUCAAUACUCUAUGGUCUUUUUCUUAGGCAGGACUUGUAAUUUGAGAGGAUUUGUUUUUGGGAUCCAACCUAUCUUUCAAACUUCUGCUCUGCA